ACUCUGGUUUCGGCUUACCUGGUUCGCUUCCUGUACCUUGACGCUCAGGUACACGGAUUUCCCCCAAACUUUUCUUAAACUUUCAGUUUGGAGUGUUUUGGACCCAAUUCCUUGUCACAAAUGGAUUACAACAUACAUGUCGACUUGUAGGACACAGGGAAAGCCGUGAUUUUGGGGGGAGUCGGCUUGUGGACGCAGCGUACUCUGGCUAUAGCUAGUUAGUCAUGUCUGCUGGCACCAGUGACAGUGUGAGGCGCAGCGAGAGGCUGGAGAGCACCAGGCAAGUGUCUUUUACCGAGGAGCGGUGUGUGGACCCGGUGGAGGAUAGGCAACCAACCCCACAGCCAAAGCCAGUCCACAAAGGCCGCUUUAAAGAUGCUAAUGGGAACGAGUCUGAGACCGUCGACUUCAUUCCCGGUGUAGCCGAGCCUUCAUCUGCAGCAUCGAGCUGCAAUCCCUGCUCUUCUCCAAAGAGCUGUAAAACCUUCGUGUGCACUGUAAUCACCUUUGGACUGUAUAAGGUGUGCCAGCGGUGCAUCCGCGCUCCGCAUCUGGCGCCGAAUGAGAGCUCCCCAGAUGAGCCAGAAAAGAUCAGCCUCCGAGGCGUUAACCCGGACAACAACAAAGAAGAGGCUGACACUGAAUGGUCAGACUUUCGCAUUAACGGAGUCAAAGUAGUCGGUCCGAAAGAUGAUUUGGAUUACGAGGUCAAAUCUUCAGCGCCACUGCCUGCUCAAACCCCAUCAGAGUUUGCCUCCCUGCAUGAUUCUGUGCCAUUUCACGACUGGGAGGACGGCGACGAGAACGUGGACUCCCUGAUCACCAAGAAGCUCCUGGAGCUGUACUCUGAGUAUCAAAUCGAAGAGCUGGCCAGGUGCACCUCAGACUCAGUGUUUCUGAGGAAGAGCAAAGCCAUCACCCAACUCAUCAACUCCCUGGCAGAGGAGCACAAAAUGGAUGAGCAGGAAGCGGAGUGCCGGUUGGUGCGGGGCAUCAUCCGCAUCAGCACUCGGAAGACCACGAAGAAGCGGCCGCCCAUUCCCAGGAUGGAGAGGACGAUGUCGGACAGUGGGCACGAGACCAUGAUUGGGAGUGGCUCCUUCCCCUCAAGCAACAACAACGACUACAAGUCAAAUCCCAACAUCCAAAUAUCCGACUUGACUUCCACUGACAAGUUUGCCAGAAACAUGUGGAGGAAGAAUGGAGAUCCCACUUCAAGUUCUCCAUCUACCUACUCGCCCUCUCACUCAGAGAUGGAGUCUUCAGGUGUGCCACUGCUACACGCUUCGGUGAGGACAUGAAGCAGCGGGACGGAACAACCCGGUUGCCUCCUUCAGGUCAGGCACUGGGUGCUGGAAGGACGACUUUACUUGCACUGGAGUGUCUGGCUUUCCAGGAAGGAGGAAAAUGUGAAGGGUGGAGUUGUGUGACGGCUACAGUGAACUCAGGGUUCUGCCUGCAGAUAUUUAUGAAUGUAAAUAUUGCGUCUGUGCAUUUGAAGGAUCAGCUGAUUGGGACUUUGUCUGUAAAACAGCUGUUAAUUUUCUUAUGACAAUUAACCGUCCGCUUGUUAGUGAAGAGCUGGAGGCUCUACAGUUUGAUUUUGUCCUGUACCAGUGCCCUUGUUACACAGUACGCAGUUUUUUCUUUGCUUUUUGUUUGUUUGUUUUGUUAGUACACAUUUCACCAUGCCUUUGCCUCCAUAGAGUUGAUUUUAAUUCAUUUUAAUUUUUGCGUUCUUUGUCUAUAAAUGACAUUCUUAGUUUUCUUGAUUUAAUUUGUGUUGGAGGCAUUUUAAUGGUCAAAAUGUCAUUAUUCUUAAGAGAUGAAGAAUUUGUUGAAGAUCUUUUCAAAUAUUUAAAAGUGAUAUCAGUAUAAGUAAGAAUCAAAAUUACAUAAUCUUCGGAUUAAUUAAAAAUUUUUAAUCAUGGCCAACCAUUAAUUUAUUCUCAUUUUUUUAUGGUAUUCUGUACAAAAAAUGUAAAUCCUUUUGUCAAUUACUAACAGUGCAAUAGAAACACUUUAUUAGACACACUCCUCUUUAGUGUGUUAAUCACAAGUCAGCAGCUCAUUCUGUGGUUAGAGUUGUGUUCAACAGUUGACAGACCAAUAUGCUACCCUGUCUGCCAUUUUUCAGAGUAAUAUGCUAAGCUAACAUGCUGGAACUCUAUUUGUUUGUCUAGAAACUUGAAUGCCUGUCUUUUGUAAGUAAUAUAUAAUGAUUAAAACAUGCAUAAAACUCUACUUAAUGUUCAGAGAGAUUGAAGUAUGCAAUAUAUUAUAAUAUGAAGCUGAUAUUUAACAGGUAGCUCUUGAUUGUUAAGGGGAAUCUCUAAAAUUCUCACUUUCUGCCUUUUGCAAAGCUCCUGUCCUUUAAACAGCAGAUGUUUUCUGAUGUUCCUCUGUUGAGUAGGUGAAUAAUUUAAAAAAAAAUCUUACUUCUUGUCAAUAUUAUCAAUAUUAAAAGUGUAGAAGUGUAACGGCCCAGUCUAUCUUCUGUUUUCAGUUCUGCGUGUGAAAUUAGUGGUUACUCUUGGUUUUCUUGUAUUUUAAAUGUUUGAUGUUUUUCUUGCAUUAGUCAUGUUGUCAUAAGUAAAUGUAAAACUGGUUCUGAUUUUUCCUUUAAAAGCACAAAAUGGAACUGAGUUGAUUAACUUUUACUUGAUUGCAUCAUUUUUGAGUGUAUUGAAUUAUAUAUCUUCGUUUUCAAUCUCUUCACAGUGUUCAUAUCUGUGAACUUAAAGUUCACAGAUAUUAACAUUUAGUCUUUUCAAUGUCAGGUCAUUGGAGAUAAAGAAGUAUAUAAAUAAAAGGAUUGUCAUAAAUGAAUUGGAAUUUGAAGUGAGGAUUAUUUUGUUGUCACUUAACAUAUGACCACAAGAGGGAGACAUGCAACAGUUUAUAGGAAAAGUUCCACAGAAUAGUUUCUGAAUGAAUGAAAUCUAAAAACGUUAGAAAUUCAACACAUUAUACAUGUGGCCUUGAAGUGCCUGUGACAUAUCUUUUCAUGAGUAAUAAAAAUGUAUGUGUGAAUUCAAUAACAUAUUUUAAAAUGUAAG